ACUUAAUUCACUUAUCUCUAACUUCUUGGGAAGAUAUUUUGUACAAUGCAUGACCUUGUAUCUUUAUUUAUAACAAUCUUCUUCAUCUAUUUUCUUAAUUUAAAGAAUAACAUUGUCUUAAAAGUUUUCAUGACGACCAUCAUGUCGGGAUUACAGCUGCUUUUGCGUUUUUUUUCACUCUUUUUUAUCUUUUCUUCAAGCUUCACUCUUGUUGUUGGGCUUUCCGGUUGUCAUCCCGACCAGAUUCAAGCACUUGUGCAGUUCAAGAACGAGUUUGAUUCCAGCAACUGUAACCAAACUGAUUACUUAGAUGGAGUUCAGUGCAACAACGCCACUGGUGCGGUCACAGAGCUACAACUCCCAAGUGGCUGUCUCACCGGAGUUCUCAAGCCAAACAGUAGCCUCUUUGAGUUGCGUCAUCUUAGCCACCUAAAUCUCUCUCACAACAACUUCACUUCCUCUUCACUCCCUUCGGAGUUCAGCAACCUCAGCAGAUUAGAGGUUUUGUCUCUUUCCUCUAAUAGCUUCAUAGGUCAGGUUCCUUCCUCAUUUAGUAAGCUAACAUGGUUAAACCAGUUGGAUCUCUCCCAUAACCAGCUCACCGGUAGUUUCCAACUUGUCCAGAACCUAACCAAGCUUUCUAUUUUAGACCUUUCCUAUAAUCACUUCUCUGGAACCAUUUCUUCUCUGCUCGCUAUGCCUUUCUUGUCACAGCUUGAUCUCAGUGAAAACUAUCUCACUGGCUCCAUAGAAGUUUCCAACUCUUCUUCUUCACUAAGGCUUGAGAAAUUGUCCCUUUCCAAUAACCAUUUCGAAGGGCAAAUACUAGAGUCUAUCUCAAAUCUCAUUACCCUCAAAUUGCUUGACCUUUCUUAUCUAAACAUAAGCUACCCAAUUGACAUUCAAAUCUUCUCCUCUCUCAAAUCAUUGUUGAAACUUGUUCUUUCCGGUAAUAGUAUAUUAUCAACUAGUUUGGGUUCAGAUUCAGACGUCCCAUUGAAUCUAGAGUGGUUAGAUUUGUCGGGCUGUGACAUCAGAGAGUUUCCAAACUUCUUAAAGAGCCUUCAAAACUUGGAUUUCAUAGACAUUUCCAACAAUAAAAUCAUAGGGGAUCUUCCUGAGUGGUUGUGGAAACUUCCUCGUUUGAGCUCUGUGAAGCUUGUUAACAAUUCUUUCACAGGUUUUGAAGGUUCCAAGGAAGUUUUACAGAAUUCAUCGGUAAAGAUAUUAGAUCUGGCGUUAAACCAUUUCAAAGGACCAUUUCCUAAUCCACCACACUCUCUUUACGUCUUAUCUGCAUGGAACAAUAGUUUCACUGGAAACAUACCUCUUUCAGUCUGCAACCGAAGCUUGCUCUAUAUUCUUGAUCUUUCCUACAACAACUUCACUGGUUCAAUUCCUCGAUGUCUGAGGAAUUUUCAAACCUCUCUCCUUGUUGUGAAUCUCCGGAAGAAUAACUUAGAUGGAAGUCUUCCAGACAUGUGCUAUGAUGGUGCCUUGCUUCGGACACUUGAUGUUGGUUUCAAUCAACUAACAGGAAAGCUUCCGAGUUCUCUUCUGAAGUGCUCCUCUCUAAAGUUUCUAAGUGUGGACAACAACAACAUCAAAGACACGUUUCCUUUCUGGCUCAAGGGUUUGCCUGAUUUGCAAGCCUUUACACUCCGCUCCAACAAAUUUCAUGGUUCUAUAUCUCCUCCGAAUCAAGGACCUCUUGCGUUUCCUGAGCUACGCAUACUUGAAAUAGCAGAUAACAGAUUUACAGGAAGCUUGCCCCAAGAUUACUUUGUGAACUGGAAAGCAUCAUCACUCCAUAUGACUGAAGAUGGGAGUUUGUAUAUGGGAGACUACACCGAAAUUCCUGGCUAUAUCUAUGAAGAUACCAUAGAUUUGCAAUACAAAGGUCUAUUCAUGGAGCAAGGGAAGGUUCUUACUUCCUAUGCCACCAUUGAUUUCUCCGGAAACAGACUUGAAGGACAUAUUCCUGAAUCUAUAGGCCUCUUGAAGACACUGAUUGCACUCAACUUAUCCAACAACGCUUUCACGGGACAUAUUCCUCUGUCUUUGUCAAAUGUUUCGGAGCUCGAGUCACUAGAUCUAUCAGGUAACCAACUCACAGGGACUAUUCCUAAAGGACUCGAGAGACUCUCGUAUCUGGCGUACAUAAGUGUAGCUCACAACCAUCUCACUGGUGAAAUACCACAAGGAACACAGAUCACUGGGCAGCCUAAAUCCUCGUUUGUAGGGAAUGAAGGACUUUGUGGUUUUCCUCUUGAACAAAGUUGUUUUGGUACUAACGCACCACCAAUGCAACAACAGCAAGAGCAAGAAAAAGAAGAGGAAGAAGUGUUGAACUGGAAAGCAGUGGCAAUAGGAUAUGGUACUGGACUGUUGCUUGGAUUGUCAAUAGCACAAGUCAUCGCUUCAUACAAGCCGGAGUGGCUUGUCAAGAUCGCUGGCCUGUAUAAAUGCAAAACUUAUUAGGAUCAUAUGUUUGCCCAAGGCUUUGUUCUGUUUCCUUUUUCAUAAUGGUAUGGAGAGCUCAAUAUAUUGUCUUGCAUUAUAUAUGGUACAACACAAAGAGAAAGAUAGAAAACAGAGCCACGAGAUAGUAUAUUCUUUUUUCUUUUUUUUUUGUGUCACUAAGAAUCAAAAGCUAACAAGAACUAAAGAAUCAAAUUCUCUCGUGACCCACAUGGACUACAACUAUUCUCUUUAUGACCCCAUGUAUAUUUUAUUUUAUUUUUUAUUUAAAUUUAAAUCAAAAAUAGGUAAAAUAACUAAAUAACCUAAAGAUUUCAA